AUGCUGCAGGAACUACUGAUCACCCUGCACACUGAAGCCAGCACCUGGGUGAAAUUGCACCAUCCAAAGAAGGGCAAGGAGGGGGUGCCCUUGUGGGAGGAUGUGACUCAAAUAUUUAAAGGAGAAGCUCUGUUAUCUGAGGAUGCUGAUGAGACCCAGAGAGAAACUAUAGCAAAUAAAAUGACCCCUGGGGCCCUAACAUCAGAAUACCAGGAACUGUUAACCUUCAAUGACAUAUCUGUGGACUUCACCCAGGAGGAGUGGGGGCAGCUAGCUCCUGCUCAUCGGAAUCUGUACCGGGAGGUGAUGCUGGAGAACUAUGGGAACCUGGUCUCAGUGGGAUAUCAGUUUUCCAAGCCUGGUGUGAUUUCCCAGCUAGAGAAAGGAGAAGAGCCAUGGCUGACUGAGAGAGAAAUUUCAGAAGGUCCAAGUUCAGACUUAGAGAGCAAAACAGAAAACAAAGAGUCAACCGUAAAGAAUGACAUUUUACCAGAAGAGUUCCACCAUGGCCUGAUGGUGGAGAGAGCCACAGAAGGAACCGCUUUGUACUCCACGUUAGGAAUAGUCUCCAGAUACGAUGAGUUGGAAAGUCACCAGGAAAACCAAGCAGUAGAGGAGGUACAAGUCCUCUUGAUUCGAAAGAAAACUUUCACUCAGGAGAGAGGCCAGGAAUCCAACAGAUUUGAGAAGAGUAUUCAUGUGAGCUCAAAAGUUACUCCAGGGCCAGUUGGCACGCCAAGAAAACUAGAUCGUAAAUAUGACACAUCUGGAAAGAGAAGCAGAUACAAUUUAGGUGUGACUGAUCACACAAGAAGUUACAAAAAAAUGAAAACCUUUGAAUGUAAUAUUUGUGAAAAAAUCUUCAAACAGCUUAUUCACCUUACUGAGCACAUGAGAAUUCAUACUGGAGAGAAACCUUUCAGAUGUAAGGAAUGUGGAAAAGCCUUUAGUCAAAGUUCAUCCCUUAUUCCACAUCAGAGAAUCCAUACGGGUGAGAAACCCUAUGAAUGUAAGGAAUGUGGCAAAACCUUCAGGCAUCUGUCAUCCCUUACUCAGCAUCUGAGAAUUCAUACUGGGGAGAAGCCCUAUGAAUGUGGUGUAUGUCAGAAAGCCUUCAGCCAGAGCAUUGGACUGAUCCAGCAUCUGAGAACUCAUGUUAGAGACAAACCUUUCACAUGCAAAGAUUGUGGAAAAGCGUUUUUUCAGAUUAGACACCUUAGACAACAUGAAAUUAUUCAUAGUGGUGUGAAACCCUAUAUUUGUAAUGUGUGCAGUAAAACCUUCAGCCAUAGCACAUACCUAACUCAACACCGGAGAACUCAUACUGGGGAAAGACCAUAUAAAUGCAAGGAGUGUGGGAGAGCUUUUAGCCAGAGAAUCCAUCUGUCUAUCCAUCAGAGAGUCCAUACUGGAGUGAAGCCUUAUGAAUGCAGUCACUGUGGAAAAGCCUUUCGGCAUGACUCAUCCUUUGCUAAACAUCAGAGAAUUCAUACUGGAGAAAAACCUUACGAUUGUAAUGAAUGUGGAAAAGCCUUCAGCUGCAGUUCAUCACUUAUUAGACACUGCAAAACACAUUUAAGAAAUACCUGUAGCACUGAUACAUGAAAUAUAUUCAACCAUAAAAGAAUUCCACAUUGAAGCAAAAACUUCACUCAGUGCUUC